GCCAGGCCGGGGUAUCUUUAGGCCAAAUUACUUUUAUCUUUAAAACUUUAAAAGCUGUAUUGUUGUGAAUUGUAAAUUGUUACGUCUCACGUCAGGCUUAGAAUUAGAAUUUAAAAAUACAUUUUUGUUUGUAAUUUUCAUCUGUGUGUUAGCCGAGUAUAAUAAUACAACUAAAUAAAUCAUUAUUCUAAAACGUUUACGUACCAUGAAUGUGUAAUCAAGAAAAUAUAAAGUAUAAAAUCCUAAAAAUAUAAUAUAAUUUAUUUGGUAAAUACUACACUCCAAUCAUGAUGGCAACAGGUACUUUGAAUCAAUACAUUCAAUAUGUAGAGCGUAUGUUUAGGAAUGCUAAUGGAGAAAACUUAGCCAGACUUCUUUCAUUGAGAGACGACCACAUAAAUAAUAAAAAUCUUAGGUCAAGUGACAUAGCCACACUCGUAGAAGGGAACUGUGUCGCACCUUUGGACGAGAUUAUUAUUUACCAUUUAUGUUGUGUUCAGGCUUUAUCGGUCAAAGAUUUUAUGGAGGCAUAUCAUCAUCAAAGCCAGUGUGUGGCUGCUGUUGUUAAGUUACUACAAGCUCAGAAGGAAGAAAAUUGGAGUCUUUCUCUCAUGUAUGCAGUUUGUUUGGACUUACGCCUUGUUGCACAGAAAGCAGAAUUAUGUGAUGCACAAAGCAAUGGAAAAAUACUUGAAAAGGCUGCAGAAAGUUUGCUAGCAUGUUUCCGUGUUUGUGCUGCAGAUAACAGAACAUCAGAUGAAGAUACAAAGAGACUAGGAAUGCUUAAUCUUGUUAAUCAGUUACUUAAAGUAUAUUUUCGAAUAAACAAACUGCACUUGUGCAAACCUCUUAUAAGGGCAAUAGAUUCUUCACCAUUUAAGGAUCAAUUUCCUCUAGCACAACAAAUCACAUAUAGAUAUUUUGUUGGCAGAAAAGCAAUGUUUGACUCUGACUACAGAUCGGCUGAUGAAUAUUUAUCAUUUGCUUUCCAAAAUUGCCAUCAUCAGAGCAUAAAAAAUAAGAGGCUAAUAUUAACAUAUUUGAUCCCAGUUAAAAUGCUUUUAGGGUUUAUGCCAGCAAAGCGUUUGUUGCACAAGUAUGACUUAUUACAGUUUUGGGAUCUAGUUACCGCUGUAAAGAAUGGUGAUCUACGCGGAAUUGAUCAUGUUAUGGAAGAACAUGAAAGUUUCUUCAUAAGGGCUGGGAUUUAUUUAAUUGUGGAGAAGUUAAAAAUUACUGCAUACAGAAAUUUGUUUAGAAAAGUGUAUUUGGCUGAGAAUACACAUCAAAUUGAUAUUGUGAGUUUUCAAGCUGCUUUACAAAUCAUGGGGCAAGUCGACGUUGACUCUGAUGAAACACAGUGUAUUGUCGCCAAUUUGAUAUAUGAUGGAAAAAUUAAAGGGUACAUUUCGUAUCAACAUAAAAAAGUUGUUGUUAGUAAGCAAAAUGCGUUUCCACCAUUGUCAAGUUUGUAUUAAAGAAAUUUUUUACUUUA